AUGAUCCGGCCGGUACCACCUAAUCUUACUUACGCUAAUUUGAGGAGUUGUGUGAAGGCGACACUACGACAUCCAGCACUCCACAUAGCCAUGACUUUGAGCCGUGCCUCGGUGGCCAAGCGCAUGGCCAAGGCGCCCCUGUAUACAGCUGCGGGUGCUACCGUCGCACGAAAGUUGAACCUGCACUUGCACGCAGAUGCACUUGCAGAUGUAUCCGAACACCAGGGACUUGAAAAGGAUGUCGAUAGUUCGAACACACAAGUUGGAGGCCGUAGCGGUGACUCGGAAAUUUGGCCCCUGAAGCGCAAGAGGUCAAAGACAGCCUCUGAGUCUGACCCCACGCACCAGCACUUGAAGUGCCAAAUACUUAAUGUUGCGAAACGCCUCGAAGCUGCCAUUGACAGGCAAACAGAGGUGCUGUCCAAGAUUUAUCGCGUUCUGGAGGGCAGUGCCAAGCUACGAUUUGCGCGGAUUGAUUACCAGUCCAGUGCCAAAUGCCCUGCUGUACCUAGCACAGGCUACCUCUAUGCACUCCAUAUCCUGCUUUGCGCGGUCCAGGACUGCGCAAUCAAUACGCAGGAAUGA